AUGGGAACUCAUCGAAUAAUCAUUGGUCUCGUCGCUCUUUGUUGUUUUUGUCUACCUCAUCUUAUUGAAGCUAAACCAUUCGGAGUUUACCAACAACAAGUGUUCGUGGAUCAAUCGGGCCAUGGAAAUUUCAUGACCAUACAAAAAGCUAUUGAUUCUGUCCCAAAAAACAAUAGUCAUUGGUUCUUCAUCAAUGUUAAAGCCGGCCUUUACAGAGAGAAAAUAGAGAUACCGAGUGACAAACCGUUCAUAGUAAUUAUGGGAGCUGGGAAAAGGUUAACGAGAGUUGAAUGGGACGACCAUUACUCGUCUGCACAAAGCCCUACCUUUUCUAGUCUCGCCAAUAACACCGUCGUUAUAAGCAUCACUUUCGCCAAUACCUACAACUUGCCUAGCAAAGGGAAAAUGAACAAGAACCCUAGAAGAGCGGCAGUGGCAGCGUUCAUCGCCGGCGAUAAAUCGGCUUUUUACUCGGUAGGGUUUGCUGGAGUUCAAGAUACCUUGUGGGACUCAGAUGGCCGACACUACUUCCACCGAUGCACCAUCCAAGGUGCGGUUGAUUUCAUCUUUGGUAGCGGCCAAUCUAUUUACCAGAGCUGUGUGAUACAAGUGCUAGGUGGGCAGCUAGGUCCGGGGGUAAGGGGUUACAUAACGUCUCAAGGACGGACCAACCCCUACGACGCGAAUGGAUUCGUAUUCAUCGACUGCCUCGUUUUUGGAACCGGCAUGGCCUACUUGGGUAGACCCUGGCGCGGUUACUCUCGAGUGGUUUUUUAUAACUCGAACCUGACGAGUGUGGUUGUUCCUGAAGGUUGGAACUCAUCCAACUUCUGGCGCCAGGAAAACCAGCUGACCUUUGCAGAAUAUGGAUGCUUCGGGAGUGGAUCAAAGACAGGAGGACGUGUGCAAUGGGUUAAGAAGCUGAGUGGCUCUGCCGUCCAAAGUUUGGCUGAUCUCAGCUUCAUUAAUCGUGAUGGAUGGGUUGAAGAUUUACCUAUCCCUGUUUGAUCUCUCCUUUGCUUGUAGUUUUCAUUUUAUUUUUUACAUUUUUUAUUGA